GCUCCCUGGGACUCGAACGUGACAGUGUUCUGCACUGUUGCUGGCUACCGUGUGCCACACCACUCCAGGGAAGUCACCACCAUGACGCAGGCUCAGAUCAUUGUGGUGCAAGACCCAGCCAACACAGCGGAUCACCCCAGGUUCGUUGCCGGCCUGUUCGGGGCCAUGCUUUGCACACCGGAGUAUGUGAACAGCAAAGGCUCCUGCGGAUCAUGUUUGGCUUUUCGCAGGGCCACAAGCAUCCACCGAAAAGUCUUCAUCACAGAUUCUUUUAUGGGGGAAAAUUUGGGGAUUGCUCAAGAUCUCGGCUCUGCCUUGUCAAUGGACAACUGCAAAUGGCAACUGCAGGGCAACAGUCCUGCAGAGAGGAAUCUUCAGACUACCUUGAUCUUCCGCGGUUCUGGGGAGGCACAGCCGUGA